AGUUUAAAUCCUCUCGACCUCUGACUCGCAGUAAACUUCUCUACUUCCUGCUCGCCGUCUCGAUCUUAUAGACUGGAAAAGGCGAUGUGUUUGAAGGAAAGGGAUUAUAUUUCGACUUAUUUGGACUAAAUUUGAGCACAAGAUGAGCUGGAUUCCUUUCAAAAUCGGACAACCAAGGAAACAGAUUGUUUCGAAGACCGUUGGAAGAACAGACAAAGAAGCUGCAUAAAGACAUGAAGAAAAGCACAGAGGCUGAUUUAGCAAUGUCUAAAGCAGCGGUGAAGAUCUCGGGGGACUUGUUGAGCAACCCGUUGUGUGAGCAAGAUCAGGCUUUCCUUGAAUCCAUGAAUGCUUUGGAUACAGCCAUGAAGAGAAUGGAUGCGUUCAAUCAGGAGAAGGUCAAUCAGAUUCAGAAGACCGUGAUCGACCCUUUGAAAAAGUACAGCAAUGUCUUCCCCAGUCUGAACAUGGCGGUAAAACGCAGGGAACAGGCUCUUCAAGACUAUAAGAGACUCCAGUCUAAAGUGGAGAAAUAUGAAGAAAAAGAGAAGACUGGGCCCAUCAUGGUCAAACUCCAUCAGGCCAGAGAAGAACUGAAGCCCGUCAGAGAAGACUUUGAAGCCAAGAACAAGCAGCUAUUGGACGAGAUGCCCAAGUUCUACAACAGCCGCAUAGACUACUUUCAGCCCAGCUUUGAGGCUCUGAUACGAGCUCAGGUGGUCUAUUUUACGGAGAUGCACAAUAUCUUCACUGACCUGACAGAUCAGAUUGAUCAGGGCGGUCUGACAGAUGAACAGAGGAAGCAAGAGAACGAGGCCAAACUGAACGAGUUGCGCGCGCUGUCCAUCGUGGCCGACGACUGAGACCGAGGACAUCCCGUCACCCACGUCUUACUCCGAUGUUUUAAUGAAGUCCUUUAAUUUAUUUCUCUUUUUUUGUUGUUGAUAAUAUAGAAGUCUCGUUUUGUAUGUCUUUGACAGCUAAAGCCAUCAGAAAACACUAAUGAUACUGAAACUUUUUUAAUGUGUUCAGAUUCUCAUACAAGCAUGAAAUCUAGUUUCUUAGCUAGAGUUAAUUACGUAUUAUUUUUGCAAAUCAAACCUUCCUGUGUUUAAUUUUUCUGUCAUAAGUCACUAAAACUGACCAACGAUUGAAGCUGUAACAGAUCAUUUACAUGUUUAUCUUAAAUCUUUCCCAUUCACCAGGCCAAAAUAAGUUAUUAUAUGCUAAAACUUAGUUUUCGAUCCAUGAUGAACAUUUUUGUUGUCACUAGUUCAAACACUACAAUUGGAUGUUCUUCAGCUUUUUAAAAGCAGCUUCAGAAAAGAGUGUAACGCUGCAAUAGUGCUGAGAAUGUAUGAUGAUUGAUUUCUUUCAUCAGUUAACAGAAAUCAUGUUAGCCUUCGAAUGAAUCCACGUGGAGAAACUGUGAUGUCUACAUGAGUUUAACUGAUACUCUGCCUCCCUCUACUGACACUGAAACGGUUUUCUUUCUUCUGUGUAUCUGACCGGUUUGUGUUCACUGUAUUCUGUAAUGAAGGAAAGACGGGUUUAUUUACCAAUAGUCUUACAGCCAUAUUACACAAUGGAUGUUUUUUAAAGCCACACAUUUUCAUCUCCAUGUCAUUUGCAUCAAUUACUGACAAUCACUGUUUAGUGAAGUGUUUUGAGACUGGAAGAGCCUUGAUUGUAUGAACAGAUUAUUGGUUAUUUGAGUUGGAUUAUUGAUGUGCCUUAACUGUGGUCAUGGGGUUUGACGUUAACCUGAAUUCAGUGUAAAUGCCCGUUCACACCAAGCACGAUAACUAUAAAGAUAACGAUAAAGAUAUAGUUCUAAAAAUGGUUCUCAAUAUUAAAGAAUAGCAGAGUCCACACUACAAACAUUGACAUCCAAUCAGAAUCCAUCUUGCUGUAACGAGCUCGAUGAUUUAAAGCGGCAGACGCACGUGCGCUCACAAUAAACAGACGAUAUCGUUCGCUGGUGUGGUCGCUAAUAUCGUUAUCUCUAUAGUUAUCGUUCUUGGUGUGAACGGGCUUUAAGUCUACCAAGCAACUUAAUGUAAGCUAUACGCAAUGAUUUUAUGGUACAUUCUCACUUUGCUUCUGAAAUAAUAUAAAACAUUUUCUCUAAGACUCUGGA